AUGGAAAGAAUAUGCGAAAACAGACAUUCGGAUGGUUUGCCAGCGUUAGCCAUACAAUGGGGACCUGUAGGCGGAGUUGGUGUACUUUCUGAUGUAUUUGAGAGUAACCCAUCCGCUGUUGUUCGAGGAUGUGGUUUUCAAGAAAUCAAAUCCUGUUUGGAAACACUAGACUGCUUAAUGAAACACCACUAUUGUGUUAUUAGCAGCAUAAUUGUAGGAGAAAAACAAACAACUGCAGAUUCUGACAUUGUAACUAAAAUAUCCAAUGCAAUGGGUAUUAAAGAUCUUGAGGCUAUAUGUUUAACGUGGACUUUACCAGAACUUGGAAUGGAUUCAAUUUUAGCACUGGAAAUAAAACAAAUUCUUGAAACGGAGUUCAAUACUUUCUUUACAACAGAAGAACUACAAUCCAUGAGCUUUGCAAAAUUGAUUCGUUUGAAAGAAAAUAAAAACAACACUUCGGUUCCAGGUAAUGACAAUGCAGUAAUUCACGAACAGUCAUUACAAUUGCAUCACCUCAAUAAUGAAGAAGUGUGGGUUCGGCCAAUUUUGCAAAUACCAUUUAUCGAAGGUAAAAUUCAAGAGCCGACCUUAGCUGAUGACAAACCAACUGUUUUUGUAUUCCCCGGAAUAGAAGGUCAGUUGGGUUAG